AUGGACGAAAGUACCAUUGACUCGAUCUUCGCGGGAUCUUUGAAGUCUCUGCCAGCUGUUAGCUCGAAAAUCGUCAGGAUAUUUACGAGUUCUACUUUCACUGAUACGACGAUGGAGCGAAACACGUUAAUGGCGCAAUGUUAUCCUAAGCUUAAGGAUUAUUGCAGAGAGAAGCAUGGAUUAGAGUUCCAGGUGGUUGAUAUGAGAUGGGGUGUACGAGACGAGGCCACCGACGAUCAUAUGACCACAGAACUAUGUAUGAGGGAGAUAGAAAAUUGCCAGAGGCUCUCGAUGGGUCCGAAUUUCGUGGUAUUCCUUGGUCAGAAGUACGGUUAUCGUCCUAUUCCAACGUAUGUUCUUAGCUCGGAAUUAGAGAUGCUGAGGACGGAACUGGAAGGCCAAGGAAUGGAUGUCGGUCUCUUGGAUAAAUGGUACAAAAAGGACAGCAACGCAGUUCCACCAACCAGUAUCUUGCAACCAAUAUCGUCGAUUUUGAAAAAUUUUAACAAUAAAAGGAUACCAAAGCUGCAGCAAGAGGACCAGGCCAUUUGGUGGGACACCAUGGUGAAGAUGCAAAAGUUGUUUCGAAAAGGAGCACAGUCUCUGUUCAACAAUGGGAAAUUUGACAAAGACACUAUGCAUAAUUAUUUCAUGUCAGUCACUGAAAGGGAAGUGAUCAAUGGUAUCUUGAAUGUGAAAAAUACUAAAAAUCAUUGCCUGGCAUACAUACGAUACAUAAACAACAUCAAUCUACAAAAUUUGAGAAAAGCAAGCUUAUUCUUGGAUAUCGCUAAUAGAAGCUUAGAUAACGAAGCUUCCAAGCUGUUAGCGAACUUGAGAGAUGAAAGACUUCCAGAUAAGAUCGAGACUACAAACCUGCAAAGAUACACGGUAGAAUGGAUCGGUCGAGAAGGUCUGGAUCCAGAGACUCACAGCGAGUACCUUCAGCACUUUAUAACUCAUUUCUAUCGAAACAUAGUGAAGUUGGUAGAUCGUGCUAUGAGGAAGGAAGACAGUUCGGCACAGGGACAGAUCAUAACGGAGAUUUUGCAACAUUUACAUGCCUGUAACAACUCGGUGAAGGUGUUUUAUGGACGAGAAGAUACCUUGGAAAGAAUUAAGGAGUAUAUGCUAGGUGACAGCGACAAGCCUUUGGUAUUGUACGGAGAGGGCGGAUGUGGGAAGACGUCUUUGCUAGCAAAGAGUGCAGGAUUGACGAGCAGCAUGUGGCUGACUGGGAAAAAACCAAUCAACAUAAUUCGAUUUCUUGGCACCACGCCAGACAGCAGUGCACUGACACCUACGUUAAUUUCCAUUUGUCAACAGAUCUCUUAUAACUUCAUGUUGCCGUUCGAUGAGAUUCCUGAUGACUUGGUACCCCUGACUGCUUACUUCAAAUACUUGUUAACUUUAGCAACGACUGAACAGCCGAUUUUAUUAUUCCUGGACAGCGUGGAUCAAUUAACUGGAGUACAAGGGAAUAAAUUGUCAUGGCUGCCUACUAGGCUUCCAGUGAAUUGUAAGAUGAUUUUGUCCUGUGCCGCUGAGGAAUCGAAUCCCGUGAUCUCUCGAGAUUAUCAGUUACUGAGGAGGAUGAUAGAUACCGAAGAAAACUUCAUCGAAGUCGUUGCUCUCGGCGAAGAUCUUGCCAUGGAAGUGAUAAGGAUGUGGAUGAAAACAGCCCAUAGAGAUCUGAACAAUUAUCAAUGGCGUCUUGUGGCAAAUGCCAUAUCCAAGUGCUCCUUACCGAUCUUUGUGAAACUGGUGUUCGCAGAAAUCUGCAGAUGGAGGAGCUAUACAAAGCCAGCGGAUACUCAUUUAACGUGCACUGUGAUGGACAGUAUUAUGAUGCUUUUCGAAAGAAUCGAAAAGCAACAUGGAAAAAUCCUGGUGUUCCAUGCACUGGCUUACAUCACUGCUGCUAAAUCAGGCUUGUCAGAGUCUGAACUCGAAGAUUUGAUUUCGUUGGACGACAAGGUGCUGGAUGAUGUGUACCAGUACCAUUUACCUCCAGUAAGGAGAAUUCCCCCUUUGCUCUGGACCAGGAUACGCAACGAUUUGCCUAAUUAUUUGAGCGAAAGGGAGGCAGAUGGUGUCAGUGUUCUUAACUGGUACCACAGACAAUUCAGAGACACGGCUAAGGAAAGAUAUUUUAAGAAUAUGAACAUGGCCAUGUAUUUUCAUUCCAUGAUCGCUGAUUAUUAUCUUGGCAUCUGGGGAGGUGGACGACCCAAACCGUUCAAAUAUACUGAGAUUCAGAGACAUAGGUUUAAUUUGGCAGACAAAGAAGGAGUGGCAGACAGAAAAGUACCCGAGCAACCUCUAGCAUUUUACUCAAAAGAUGGAAAGAUCACUAGAUAUAAUUUAAGAAAGUUCGGUGAGCUACCCUUUCAUCUAGUCAGAUCACGACGUUUCAACGACCUGUUUGAAAAUGUUUUGUUCAACUAUGAAUGGCUUCAUGCCAAACUGAGUUCUUGUCCACUGCAAUCAGUGCUCUCGGAUUUCGAAGACGCGUGUAGUUUCAUUGAUAAUCAGAACAUCGUGAGAGAGCUCAUGCUGGUUGCGGAUGCACUCAGGUUAGGCGGUGCAAUUUUGGGUUCUCAUCCAGACAUGCUUGCACCUCAGCUAAUAGGUCGAUUAUUGCCAGAAAUCGGAGGGAACGUGAACGUGAAAAUGCUGCUUCGAGCGUGCGAUAACGACGGUGUCAAGGAUUGCUCCCUGCUUCCAGUUUAUCAUUGCCUGCAUACACCUGGAGGACCAUUGAAAUAUUCGCUGGAGGGUCAUCAAUUUGCCGUAUUUGGCUUUUGUCUAACGUCGGAUUAUCGGUAUGUGGUCUCGAUAUCCAAUCGGUUUAUCACCUGGGAUCUCAGUACCAGUGACAUGACCAGGGACGUAAAUCCCGGUGUGGAGGGAAUUAUGCAACAUCUAGUUCUGAGUCCAGACAACAGAUACGCCGCUGCGUUUACAACCAAUAAUCAGGGCGUCGUGUUGAAUACCCUGACUAGCGAAUUUGUCAUCAUUGACAAUCCAUUUCCAAACGAAGAUCCAGUGUACGGAGUGCACAUGACGAAUCAAUUCUUCUUCGUCUAUGGUAAAUUAGGCUGGUGCAGGUUCGAUUUGCGAGGGAACUUGAUGGAUACCCACACCAAUCCAGAGGAUUCUAACAAGUGGCCAAUUCUAUGCGUGGAGCACACGAGUUUAGAUAAUUAUAUAAUAGUGUUCUGGUCUGGUAACAUAGAAGAUACCGGUAUGCUGUUGCACACAUAUAGAAAGAAGGGAUCACUGGAUCCCUUGCAUUUCCACAGCGUCAUGGUAAUGACCAGUGACAAACAAACCCUAUACGUCUGCACUACCAAAGACGACUAUCGGGUCACGAAGUACAUCAGUGACGAAACGUCCUCCGAAUGGGAGAAAGCUUUCGAUAUGCCCAGAGCUUACAACGAUGACGUCGAGUACUUGUUGCAAUUGAAACUGGACAGGGAAGAGGAGAUGCUUCUAGCCACGUGUGCCAAUGGUUUCGUUGUCUGGUUCUUAGAGAGUAAGAGCGAUGCAUACGUCUUAAUGUUGCCCAAUGGGGUUCGAAACAUCAGCACGAAGAUGAUGUGCUCCAAUUCGAUCAUGGUCAGUGGCACUAAGAAUUACGCUGUUGCUGGUGUAAGGAAGAACUUAUACGUUUGGAAAUUGGAAACAACCGAGUUGGUGAAGAUACUGGAUGCCCACUUUGCGAGGAUCAUUCAGUUGGAGGCAUUGACUAUCGGUAACUGGAAUAGCGUGGUAACAUCGAGUAUCGACAGAAGCGUCAAAGUAUGGAAUAUAAAUAAUAUCUUUGAGCAAGUCCAUGUAAUAGACAGGCACGAGUUGCAGAUCGAUAUGAUAAGCUUGGCAGAGGAAUGCAAUUUGGCGGUAACUGUGACGAGAGACUGUGUUGGAAUUUGGGACUUACAAACCGGUAGACUGAUCUCAAAGUUGGCCGACAGUCCUUUGGGAGCAAUUGUCACCCACGCUUGUAUAACUCAUGAUGGAAAAUAUAUCGUCUCGACGGAGUCAGGUAAUGUAUUGAUAUGGAACAGGAUCACGGAACAGGUGUUGUUCAAAGAGGAACAACAGCACGUGAGACAACUGACGUUGGUCGAAAAUUCGUCUAAAUUCAUAACCGUUUCGAGGCCCAAAAACCCCGCUGGGGUAGAAAGCAUGAAGACCACUGCUACACUUUUCAUGAGAUCUAUUCCUGAUAGGAAAACAUCGUUUACAUUGGAAUACUUGGUCAGAAGUCACACUGGUACGCCAUUUCGAAAUGUUGUGAUGACUUCUGACAAUUCUUUCCUGAUUGCUCCAGCAGCUGAUAAGGGUAACAGGGAUUGCGUUAUCAUUUAUAAUGCAAAUACGGGAACGUUAAUAAGUAAAAUUCCAGUAAAAUUACCGGGGUUUAAAGAUAUUUUAUGUAUCACUCCUAUGCCGAAUAAACCACAUUGGAUAGGAAUUAUUGGGUCUGAUAAGGGUACCAUUUUGGAUAUAAAUAAAAAGAAGAUUGUCCGUACAAUCCCCAAAUGGAGUGGAAAUAUCAGUAAAGAUGGAAAAUAUACUUUAUAUGCACCCAGCAGAGGUGGUUUAGAACUUUUGGAAUUAAAGAAAGGUACCACUGUAAAGAUCUAUAUUCCAAAGGUAGCAGAGGGUGUUUUUACUGUAAUAUCUAUGUUUAACCGCACCGAUGAAUAUGUCCUUUAUUAUCAUAGUGGAAGAAAAACUAUACGUGUAUUUAGAUCAUCAGAUUGUGAGAUCAUAGCAAAUUAUAGAGUUCAAGCAGAACUGAGUGCCAUCGAUAGCACUUAUGAUGGCAAAAGCAUAGUGCUAGGAACGGUUGAUGGUUGUGUAUCUGUUUUAGCUAUAGCAGAUCCCAAAAAAGAAAAUAUGAAAGAAUAUGUUGCAAACUUACCAUCGCGUGAUGAAGAUUGGAAAAGAAAAACUGAAAAGCAACGAGUGGCUAUUAAAUUUAAAGCCGCUGCUCGAAUUGCACGUGUAACGCAUGAUUUAAGUACAAUUAUACGAAAUACAAAUAUUGCAGAAACGAUUGAAGAAUUAGAUGAAAAUGUAGAAUAA